UGACUUUUUCGCUUGCGACAAAACGUGACCAAGCUUCCCGCCGCUUUUUCUUCCCGAGCUUUUCCUCCUCCUCCUCUUCUUCUUCUUUCUUCCUCACUGCAUCUUCCCUCGCAGCAUCCUCAUGGCUCCCGUCUGCGAAGCUCUCCAUCUUCACAGACGGCCAUAUUCUCAGUCCCAGGACAUCUAAUUGGAUUGUCCCAGUAUUCUUGCUACCACAAGCAUACACCAUGUCCACUGCUAAUUACGUAUGCUUCCCGACGUGCUGUGCGUACGUGGUUGCUUGGUUUUAACGGGAAACAAAACAGAUGUCUCCCACUUCCUCGACAACGACGCCGACAUGGCAUCAGUUCGAACGGAAGGUGGAAGAGGUCAAGCCAUCCAAGACUGAUAUCAAUGACUUGGUCAUGGACUACCUCAUCACCAAUGGCUACCCGGCCGCUGCGAAGAAAUUUGCAGUUGAGGCCAACAUCCAACCCAAGACAGAUGUGGAGUCUAUUCAGGAAAGGGUAGCCAUUCGAACUGCGAUCCAUUCUGGUAACAUUCAGUCUGCGAUCGAGAAGAUCAACGAGCUCAAUCCUCAGAUCUUGGAUGAACAUCCCUCGUUGCACUUUGCGUUGCUCCGUCUACAACUGGUGGAGUUGAUUCGUACCUGCACGUCUCAGCCCAAUGGAGAUAUCAGCCCUGCUCUGGAGUUUGCGACCUCGCAUCUCGCUCCACGGGCGCCCACCAACCCUCAGUUUCUGGAAGAUCUAGAGAGGACGUUGGCCCUUCUGAUCUUCCCAACUGAGAACCUCACCCCAUCCCUUGCCCCCCUUCUACACCCCGACCUACGUAAAGAGAUCGCCACUCGCGUGAACGAAGCCAUCUUGCAAAGCCAGGGCGCUCGUAAAGAGGCCCGGCUGCGCAACCUAGUCAAGCUGCGCGCAUGGGCUGAGCAAAAAGCCCGCGAAGCUAAGAAGGACCUUCCCGAGAAGCUGGACCUCGGGCUCGGCGAUACGAACGCCACCAAUAAUGACAAAGACGCCACGAAAGCCGGCCAAAAUGGCUCUAAUGACACCGUAAUGACCAAUAGCGGAGACGUCGACCCGAUGAUCUCGUGAAGUUGACUCCUAAAGGUCCCCUGGUCUUCGCUCCGGUAGCAAUGAACCGGGACCGGGUCAACGAUUUUUUUCCUAUUCUUUGUUCCUACUACCUUUCUGUGUAGCGAGGUGUUUCUGGCGCGGGCUCCAUUGGCAGUGAUGCUCUUGUAACUUUGACCUUCUAAUACCAAUACCACAACUUUUUUUGCAUCCAUUUCUUAUAUCCACAUCUACAUUUUUGUCACGUACCGCUAUCCUCGGUCUGCCGAAGUUCGCAUGAAAGCAGAAAUCUCUUCUGCUCAUUCACCGAUCCGGAGCGUCGUCGGUCCUGUCCUCGGAGAUAUAUCUCUGACCUGAUUCUAUCCACGGACUCGGAGCCUCGGGAUGAGUGCUCGGUGAACCUUCACGGCCUAGUUUCCUUUCCAAUCGGUCCGCCUAGAUCGAUGUUUCUUCCGUCGGCGGAUCAUUAACUCGGAGUCGGAACUAGUUGGUUAGUUCGGAGUAACUAGUUUGGUCGUUAGGGGCAGCGAGCUGCAUUGCGGGUACCUCUUCGUCCGGUUGAGUGGUUUCAACUUUUGUGUUUGAUGGUGAACCGAAGGGAUCUUUAUGGAUUGAGACUCAUCUCGGGAUUCAAUGCUUGGACUUUCAGUCAAGAACUGAACCCAGUGUUUGGAAUUUCGCAAAUAAAUCUGAUGUUGCUGAGUUUAGGUUGUCAAUGUUGUCGAAAGGGCGAAGUAGACUAGUGACAGGACCAUCGCCGGAUAUAUAUUCAAACUUCUAGUUAUUAAAGAUAUACUACACACUUACAACCCCAACUUCAACCCCCCAGAACAGUUAUAUCACAAGUAAAUGAAGCGAGUACACAAAGUGAAUCCGAUCUAUAAUAGCA